UUUUUUUGUCAAAACAGUAAAAUUUAAAAUGGUGGACGGUCAAGUAACAUACUGAUAUGGGCGCUGGAUGAAUACGUGUGAUGGCUUUAUCGAGACCUGUCGCUCCAUGGGAAUUUUAUAUGCGGGUAGACCUAGCGUUAGAGUUAUGCGUGAAAGAUGCUCUUUUAAGAAUUCUUCAUAAUGAAAUUUGUCAUCGAACUUAUGUGGGUUUGCCAAGAAAUGACGCUGCACUACAUGGAGCAAUGGCCAAAUUUAAAUCAACCCAUCAAAGAAAGUUAAAUCGCAUUUUACGGCCUGAUCAGUGGCUUGUUAUAUGUCCACAAAACGGUAAAACAAAUUCGCAAAACUUUGAUAUACCCAUCAUUGUUAUCCUCAUUGAAUAUUGUUUGCCAGGAUUACCAGCUCCUGCACCACCAAAGCAUUGGGACAUCCGUCAACCUCUUUCAACGGAUCAAAGUAUAGCCGCUUUUUGUUUGCAUGCAAAGCUGCUUAGACAUGAAGUAAAGCACGGCAGUAUAUCGCAAAUUUCAACGAGACAUGCAUUUCAAAUGUACUGGAAUAAAAUCAGAUUUAUAUUGGGUGGACUUCAUUAUAACGAUUUUCCAUUUUUACAACGACUGGAACUUGGUUCACUGGAUCCCUAUUUAAAUCAACAAGUGCAAUUGCUUAUACAAAAAAAUGACAUUUUGCAACAGGCGGCUGACUCGCUGAAACAACGCGUGGACGAUCAUGACGACGAUCACAAUGACUUGAAAAAAAAAUAUGAGGAGGUUAGAAAAACGCUUGAAGAUGUGAAACAACGAAAUGAACAGGAGAUCAAAAAACAUUGUAACCCUUAUCAUGUCAUUUUACCGGAGGUAUUGAAUAUAAUAUGCAAAAAGAUCGGGAAAGAUUGGGCUCAGUUGUCCAAAUUUCUAUUAACACCUGACGAAAUUAAAAAUAUCGAAAACUUACAAGUCACUGAAGAACAAAAGAUGGACAUAAGCUUCCGCAAAAAGAAUGCAACUUUCACGUGGAGUGAAGUGAAAAAUAUCCUGAUAAAAAUUUCUCGAGAGGAUAUAGUCGAUUGUAUUCGAAUGGAAAGUCUUAUCACAACUGGCUUAAGAAAGGCGUCUUUGAAGCUAAGAGAAAAAUACAGCGAAAGCUUAUCAAGUAUGUUUUUGGAUAAGCCUUUGUGCCAAGACCGAGGUGUACAGAAACCUCGAGAAGAAGUUUAUGUGCCUCUAUCUAUGGUUGAGAAUCCACAAAAUGAUUCAGAACAGCAGUCAACAUUUAACCGACUUCAAACAGUUCUAAUUCAAGAUUUAUUGAAAAAGGGUGAUGAUUUGGUCAUUUUACGAGGAUUGGCAGGGAUCGGGAAGAGCACCUUUAUGGAUACAUAUGUAUAUAACUGGGCGAAAGGGAAUAUUUUAAAUGAAUUCCCCAAAAUCGAUUUUAUAUUUUACCUUAAAAGUGAAGACUUAAUUGCAGGUACCUUCCAGUAUAAAUUACCUAAGAAAUUCAUCCGUAAAAAGUUCACUGAUCUGUUUGAUAUGAUAGAUAUCCAAGAUUUGCAAGAGGUAUCGCAUCGCGUUCUGUUUGUCGUGGAUGGAGUGGACGAAAUAAAAUCUAUUCACCUAUUUUCAGCUGGCAACGUUUUUCAACCUGUUAUUCCGAAUUACCUUGGUGACAUAGUGAAUAACCAGUCCAGCUUUUUACGUGGCCAUAAAACUGUGGUUACAGGAAGACCCUCAACAUGUUCCAUGAUAGCUUUUAAAUUUAGACAUGUGGUUCCAAAAACAAUUGAGGUCCAUGGUUUCAAUUCCGAAGCUAUUGAUUCAUAUAUACAAAAGCGUUUCCAUGGUAACAACGAUCGGAUCAAUCUGGUGACAAGACAAAUAAGAGAACGAAAAGAUUUACAAAUAAUGGCGAGAAUCCCGUUUUAUCUUUGGGUUAUAUGCGAGAUGUUUGACCAGCGUACAGAUAUGAACAACCCCCACACAAUUACACAACUAUGUUCUACUGCUUUUUUAGAAUUCACUAGGAGUCUUUCCCCAGAAUUCACGUAUUUAGAUUGUUUUCAGAUGUGCAAGAAAGACCUCAUUUUACACACAGCAACGUCUCUUGCAAAACUUUCGGAAGUGUCGCUAAGGCUCAACAAGACGUCGUUCUCGGAUGCUGAUGUAGAUGUUACUGAUUCGAUAAACUCCUUAGAAAGGGCGGGACUUCUUAUUAAGAAAACACCGCCUGACGGUAGUAGACCAGUGUAUCAGUUCAAACAUCUUGUUUUGCAGGAAUACUUUACCGCGCUUCACGUAUUUCUUAACCCACGAGCAAUAGCUAACGCAAUUCGAAUGCCUAAUUUUUCAGGAUGUGUACCACUUCUUGCUGGACUUUCUGGAAUCCAUGGCAAAGGAAAUCAGAACGACAUCACAACCUGUUUUUUAAGUAAUCUAAAGAAUUAUGCAAAAAAGAAGAAAAUGGAGGAGGAGAAAAUGAAUUUGAUGUGUGAAUGUUUUCCAGAUAGAUUGUUCCGCGUUAAUGUUAUGCAAUUUAUAGAAGGAGUUAUGCUGAGAAAGUUAAAUGGAAGCUGCCUAGUGUUGGAUAGCUCUUGUGACCACCUGCUGGCCGCUAUUUUUGAAUAUCAAGGGGAAUUUUCAUCCUUUUUUCAAAGAAAGUUUUCAAAUAAGUCAUUUCACAUUCGAGGUGCAUCGCUUCAUCAUGAGGUAAGAAGCACGAUCUAUUUCAUCAAUAAAUUGGAUGGAGCUAAAGUUGAUUUUCUGCACAUUCAAACUACUGGUCACAAUGAACUGCCAGAAAAUUUAGUUACUCUAUUUACGAUGUAUUAUUCAGCUUACCCAUGUCAGAAGAUCCUCAAAAUAUCGUCAUCAGUAACUACAAACCGAACAGACGAAGUCUUAAUUACAUGCCAAGAAAACGUGGAAGACUCCUGUCGAACAAUCGAGAUUUCCGGUCUAAUUUCCAAGUUAUAUCAAAAUCGGCUGCUGUUGGAAACAUUUUGUGUAGUUGAUGUAAUACAAUUGCACUGUCAAGUAGAAUCUGCCUAUAAAGCAUUUCAUCAUUUACUCAACUACACGAAUGAAAUGAAUCAAUUGAAGAAUAAGAUACGCUAUAAGAUUCCGAAUCUGAACGCAGGUAAUCACCGGAUUAAAUUCUUCCACCUUAGCAUGCUAGCAGACGCUUACAGACAUCAACUCAUCGUUAACGAUAAACCUGUGGAAAAUCUUAGACUGAAGCUUGAAUGCUGUUUCGUAGACUUCAGUUUAAAUGAUGACGAUAUUGACAUGCUGACCAUGUGCUUACCAAGCAUCAAACUUCUGAACAUUAGCUGCAACGAGCACAUGUCUUCACUGGCAAUGCAAUCAAUAGCAACUAGCUUAACAAAUUGUAUCUUUAUCAAAGGUGAAUGCACCUUGAAAAUUCUGCACCUGGAUCAAUGUAGUCUAACUGACGCUCAUCUUGUCGCUUUAAAGCCUUGUAUACCACAUCUACAAUUGCUGAGUAUCAGUAGAAAUGUCGAUUUUACCUGCGACGGAAUGACGGCAUUGUGUGAAGCCGUUAUUGAAGAAAUUGGAAGGAGAGGAAUAUGUAAUCUAGUGUGUUUAUUCAUAGCAUCGUGCAAUUUGGCAGAUGAACAUAUAAGUUGUUUGCAACCAAUGCUGUAUUGUCUACAUGAACUUUGCUUAAGUGGUAACGAUCAACUCAGUGCUAGCACGUUAGCAAUGAUUUCAAAUUCGUAUUCCAACAAUAACAGCACUCGUUUGAAAAGCCUGGAUAUCAGCAAGUGUUUGUUUACUUAUGAAGACCUACUAGAGUUAGACUUGUCCGGGCUUGAGAAGCUUGUUGUCGGCGACGUAUCGUUCAGCGCUAGGGCUCUUCAAACGAUAUCAAACAGUAUUAUUGAGCACACUGAAGAGAUGCAAGCAUAUUUUUUGGAAAUAUUGGAUCUAACAUCGUGUCAACUCACUGAUUCACAUGUGUGGGCGGUUUUGCCAUGUGUACGUUAUGUUGGUAAGAUAUACCUUCAAAGUAAUAAUCUUCACUAUGUCACCAACAAAUCUCUGCAAUACAUCGAUGCGUUUAUUAACACAAGACAAAACUUGAUAAGACAAGGCGAGCAAAAAAAGUACGAGAAGUUUAGAAUUGAAGUCAUUAACGUCAUUGUAAACUCGCCUGUGGCAAAACAAUAUAUACAAGUGUUAUGCUUAAAAUAGAAAAUUAAACUUUAUUUUUUUUAUCGGAAAUGACUUGCCAACCUCUUUCCUAGGGCAAUUUUUUGAUUUUUCGAUUUCUGAGACAGUUGGUUUAAAAGAUUUUGGUCGUUUUGUUAAGAAUUGCAUGCGGACUGCCAGGAACACAGUAUUACUAUAAUCUAUGCAAAACAAUGUUGAUUUGAUCAAAAACAAACAAACAAAGAAUCCAGUUAGCUAGCUAGCAAAAAUAGCUACAACUUUUUAUGCUCACCCUGUGGCUGCAAACAAAUCUUAAAUGUAUUUUAUGUUUGUUUUUUUGCUAACUAAAGCAGGGGUUAAAACUACUAGUGCUUUUACUGAACUGAAUGUGGCUAACUAGACUUUCGGGUGUAUUGUUAACUUUGACAUAAUUAGCAGUUUAUGGGUAGUAUUGGUAAGUUGUUUUAAAAAUGACAGAACAUUGUGCCAAAUACAUGUAAAUAUUUUUAAAUAUACAUUAACAUUCAAUUUUAUUCUAUAUAUAAAAAUAUUAUAUAUUUUUAAACUGAUUAUGUCUGUCGUUUUGCCACACAAUCAUCACAAGCUUUCCUCUCUGAUUGUACACUUUAAUUGGAAGAGUAUCGUUUGUUUUAGAAAAAAAGUUUGAAUCAAUAAAUUGAUUUUUGUUUAUGUAUAAAACUUAUGAAAAUUUUACAUAGCUAGCUAGUUUCCACGGGCCUAAUCGACUAGUAUUCUAUAUUUUACUUUGUCUUUAAGAGCAGAGCAUACAUAAAUUGAUUUUCUUGUUUAAAUUUUGUUAAUAUGUAUAAAACUUAUGAUAUGUAGCUAUUAUAUACUUCAUGUUGUUUUUUAAGAGAGCUAGACAUGUGUUCUUUACUUUAUUGUAUAUACUAGUUAUUGAAGUGAGUUAGGUAUUAAAAUGCUUAUAUUGUGUUUUUUACUAAAUUGCACGUGGAGCCUUAAACUCCAGCUCUAGAAAGAUACCUAUGAUGCAUUUAGUGUAUAUAUAUAGCCAAACAAAAUUAAAGUCAAAAACAUAACUAUCUCAUUUUUGUUUUUGAUAUUGUUAAUUCGAAAGGUUAAAAAAAUGCAAUGUUAUGUAAAAUAACAAGGAAUCGUUUAAUUAUUACACGUAGUGUUUCAGAGGAAAAUUUGUUCGUUAUUAGCUACUUCGUAACAGCUGAUUUGUUUAUGUAAUUUUAGAUUGUUUUGUAGAUGAAAUGCUUUUUAUGUGGGUUUCUGAAAGUAGUUUUGUAGAUAUGUAAUGUCGAUACGAAAUGUAGCUAUAUAUAUGGAAGUAGUGUAAUGUACUGAUUGUAGAAUUUUUUUAUAAGUUAAAAUUUGUUCA